AUGAGCCCUGCACAUUUCAGCGACCAGCAUGCAAAGAAAGAAAUGAUAGCUUUGUCUCCAUUGAAGAUCAACAGGGAUUCUCAUUUCAUCAAGAAAUCAUCACCUUCUUCGUCUUCAUCUUCUUCGUCCUCCUCGCUAGUGAAUGGUGUCGCCAACGCGACCAACAAGCCUGCUCAGCAGCGUCACCCCGUCAUUAUCUACACGCAUUCUCCGAAAGUCAUACACACGCAUCCCAAGGAUUUCAUGGCAUUGGUGCAAAAGCUCACCGGCCUUUCGCGGUCGUCGGAGGACGAUCAAAUUAUUAGCCCCGCUCCUCCUCCUCCUGAAACCAAGGUCGAACCGAAUUUUCAGGAUGAUUUUACGGACGAUAAUAAUAAUAAGAAUAUGAUGGUGAACGACAAUAAAGGUGGGACGAUGAAUGAUGAUAAUGAAUCAACUUCGGUGGUGACGGAUGAGAUUGAAAAUAAUGGGAGCAGUGGUACCACGGCAGGGGACAUUGGUCAGGUUAAUUCAUCGUGUUUUGUUACACCACCACCACCCAUUUUUGAUCCGCCAAAUCCUUGCUUCAACAAUAUUCCGUUUUUCAAUCCAAAUCCGGCUACGGAUUUCUUUUGUACAGCUCAACCGUUUUAUAAUUAUUCGGAUUCCUUAUUUUUUAUGCCUAACAUAAGAAGCUCCUUAUCAUCUGCGACGUUGGAUGGCAUGAAAGAGCUACCAGAUUUUUGA